CAAAAUGAGACGAACAAACCACAGCGCAGCAAUCGAACAAGUUGGUUGGUGGGCUUUGGCUUCCCAUCACGUUCUGCUUGGCUUAGCUGAUAGCUAGCAGUUUAAUGGGGAGGCAUCAGCGGUGACAACACUCUUUCCCUGUCAUACCGUAUGCAUAUUUCAUCGACAUAACGUUAGAACUUACGUGGCAGAAAGAUGUCGACGCCGGGUUAUACGAAUAUGAACACAUCUGUCAACUACGCAACCCAGAAUGGUGGAUCAGCACCUCCGUAUCAAAACGGUCCUGCACAGUCAUACCCCCAGUCAGCGUAUCCAGCAUCUGGCUACCAAGCUCCUCCGCAACACUACCCCUCCAACACUGGACAUUGUGUGUCAGCCCCCACCAAGCCUCCCCAAAUGAACAAUCACUACGGUAACUACUACAGCCAACCGCAACCCCCUUUGCCACCUGCUGCAGGGGCCGUCACAGCCCCCUCAUCGCACACUGCUCCCCAGGGAUCGCUGCCUCCUUCACACCCCGCCACCAACACCGCCAACCCCCCUCCUCCAGCCUCCACAGCGUCUAUGUAUCCAGCAGCAUACCAGCAGCACCCAUACACUAUGCCUUCUUCUGCCUAUUACGGACAGCCGCAGCAGUACCCAGUGGCCCAGGCACAGUCGCAGCCACAACAGCAACCAAAUCUAAUGGCGGUGUCGAGUGGCACCAGCAACAACAACAACGGAGCUCACCUCUAUCCCAUUGUAUCAUACCCCUCGGCUCCGGGGAGCGGCCAGUACGGCACGCUCCGCUCCUCUCAGGCUACCAUGGGACCCGCACCGGCUUCAGUUCCAGGUCCCAGUGUGGUGGCGGCCACCCCGCCCCUCGUCUCCCCCGCCACCCAGCCUCCUGGGCAGCCUGCGCCCAUGGGGAACGGGCCCACACCGCACGCCACACAAUCAGCCACUCCUGCUCACCCGGGCUACGGCGCCUCUCCUUAUUGCCAACCAGCAGCGGUCAACGGACAGACAAAUGCUAGCCAAACCCAAACAAUUCAGCAACACUAUGACCAAAGCCUCCAUGGUCAUAUGGGCUACUCCUAUGGUGCGCCACCCCCCAAGGCGGAGCUUCCUGACGGGGACAGAGCGGUUUCAGGGACCACCCCAGCCACCUCAGUGCACUCCUCCCCAGGCCAUCACCCAGGCUUGCCUCCGUACGGCUACGCUCCAAACAGCGGCGUCAGUGCCGCCCCCACACACCACCACCCAGCCCCCGCCACGCCUGCCGAGCAGUCCUCCUCCAGCUCAGAGGACGAAGACGACGAGGAUGAGGAUGAGGAAGCAGGUGGAGACAGUUCCUCCAGCACGACUGGCAGUGCCUCCCCUGUGCCCAAUAGCUAUGAGUCUCUAGAAGGAGGCAGUUAUACAGACCCAUCCUCUAUGGUGCCCCCUGGAGAUCCGUCUCUCCAGUCCUAUGACUACUCCUACUCCAGCAUGCAGCCCAGCUACAUCCAGACGGCCCCGAGGUCCAACCCCACCCCCCAAGGGGGCUACCACCAAACCAGCUACCACCAGGACCUGGCACAGCCCUUCCCCAACAUGUCUCAGCUGUCGGCGGCGCUGGGUGGGAUGAGUGCUCCGGAGAUGAGUGUGGACAGCCUGCGGCCCGUCAACCUGCUGCAGGAGCGCAACAUCCUGCCCCCCACGCCCGCCCCCCCGCCAGAGCCCAGCCUCAGCACCGACCUCAAGAAUGUCAACUGCAGCCCAGACACGUUCAGGUGUACGCUGACCAACAUCCCCCAGACGCAGGCUCUGCUGAACAAAGCCCGCCUCCCGCUGGGGCUGCUGCUGCACCCCUUCAGAGACCUGAGUCAGCUACCGGUCAUCACCUCCAACACCAUCGUCCGCUGCCGCUCCUGCCGCACCUACAUCAACCCCUUCGUCUCCUUCCUGGACCAGCGCCGGUGGAAGUGCAACCUGUGCUACCGGGUAAACGAUGUUCCGGAUGAGUUCAUGUACAACCCGGUGACGCGCUCUUACGGAGAGCCACACAAGAGGCCAGAGAUCCUCAACUCCACCGUGGAGUUCAUCGCCUCCUCCGAUUACAUGCUGCGACCUCCUCAGCCUGCGGUCUACCUGUUUGUGCUGGACGUGUCUCAUAACGCGGUGGAGGGAGGGUACCUGAAUGUCUUCUGCCAGUCUCUGCUGGACAACCUUGACAAGUUGCCCGGGGAUACGCGGACGCGAGUGGGCUUCUUGACCUUCGACAGCACCAUCCACUUCUACGACCUGCAGGAAGGCCUGUCCCAACCCCAGAUGCUCGUGGUCUCAGAUAUCGAUGAUGUUUUUAUUCCUACCCCAGACAGUCUUCUGGUGAAUCUGAAGGACAGUAAAGAACUGGUGAAGGACCUGCUGAACGGGCUGCCCAAGAUGUUCAACCAGACGCGGGAGACACACAGUGCCUUGGGCCCGGCGCUGCAGGCCGCCUACAAGCUCAUGUCCCCCACCGGCGGCCGCAUCUCCGUAUUCCAGACGCAGCUGCCCACCAUGGGGGCCGGGGCCCUACAGUCACGGGAGGACCCCAACCAGAGGUCCAGCACCAAGGGCGUUCCUCAUCUGGGCCCAGCCACGGACUUCUAUAAGAAGUUGGCCCUGGACUGCUCUGGACAGCAGAUUGGAGUGGACCUGUUCCUCCUCAGCUCACAGUAUUCUGAUAUGGCAACAUUAGCGUGCGUGUCCAAGUACUCUGCGGGCAGCAUCUUCUAUUACCCCACAUUCCACCACGUGCACAACGUGGCCCAGCGGGACAAGUUCCAGAAGGACCUGCAGCGCUACCUCACCAGGAAGAUCGGCUUCGAGGCCGUCAUGAGGAUACGCUGCACCAAAGGACUGUCCAUCCACACAUUCCACGGCAACUUCUUUGUGCGUUCCACUGACCUGCUGUCGCUGGCCAACGUCAACCCGGACUCGGGCUUUGCGGUGCAGAUGUCCAUCGAGGAGAGCCUGGCAGACACCUCACUGGCCUGCUUCCAGGCAGCGCUGCUCUACACCUCCAGUAAAGGGAAGAGACGGAUCCGCGUCCACACCCUGUGUCUGCCGGUGGUGAGCCAGUUGAGUGAUGUCUUUGCAGGCGCGGACGUUCAGGCCAUCACAUGUUUACUGGCCAACAUGGCCAUUGACCGGUCGAUCUCCUCGAGCCUGUCGGAUGCGCGUGACGCGCUGGUCAACUCGGUGGUGGACUCCCUGGCGGCGUACAGGGCCAACGGCUCCAGCCUGCAGCCCCCGGGCCUCAUCGCCCCCGCCGCCCUGCAGCUCUUCCCCCUCUACGUACUGGCACUGCUCAAACAGAAAGCUCUGCGCACAGGCACCAGCACGCGACUGGACGACCGCGUCUUCAACAUGUGUGAGUUCAAGAGCCAGCCCCUGAGGCACGUCAUGCGGCUGGUGCAUCCCGACCUCUACCGCAUAGACUGCAUGUCGCAACAGGGGGCGUUGCAUCUGAAUGACAGUGUGGUUCCUCAGCCUCCGCGGCUGCAGCUGACGGCUGAGAAGUUGGCCAGGGACGGGGCCUUCCUCAUGGACUGUGGCAAUGUGUUAUAUCUUUGGGUGGGGAAAUGCUGCAAUGAGAUGUUUAUUCGAGAAGUUCUGGGCUGCCCCAACCAUGCGUCUAUCCCACCUAACAUGACGCAGAUUCCUGAGCUGGAGAACCCUCUCUCGGAGCAGACGCGCACCUUCCUGUCCUGGCUUCAGGAGACCAGGAGCUUCACUCCUGCUUUCUACGUGGUCAAGGACGAGGCGUCGGCGAAGAGCAGCUUCUUCCAGCACCUGAUUGAGGAUCGCUCCGAGUCGGCCCUGUCCUACUAUGAAUUCCUCCUGCACAUCCAGCAGCAGAUCUCCAAAUAGAGGCCGACUACACACACACAAACAAGACACACACUCAUAAGAGGACAUACACGCAGGGGCAGAGGCGGCCCCGAGCAGGCCAGACGUGCACAGACGCCCUCCCCUGGCCACCUGAUUCACCUCCACCCCCCCACCCCAACACUCUGCAAACCCCCCACCUCCACCUCCCCACACACCCACCCCUUCCUCUGUGGCGUUUUCAGCUCCUAGUUGACGACAUUGUGUGUGUUUAGCAGGAAGCCCCUUUAGGGUAGGAGAUUGUUUGUAGGGGAUGUGGAAGUUGGUGAAUGGAGGGGGUUGGGUGGGGUGGGGGGUAGGAUGGAUAGGAUGGACAUUCAUGAGGAGAAGAAAAAUGGAAAGGGGAGCACAAAGGAAAAACGAAACUCUGCCAAUGACUUUUUUUUUUAUUCCAUUGUUGACAUUUUUUUGUUGUUGAAUGGAGAUGGAAACCAGAAAAGAAAAAGAUGAAGGUGGAACAGCAGUAGUUCAUGGAACCUGUCCCUGCUACGCCCCCCUCCCUCCUUUACACUCCCUCCACCAUCAUCAUGUUUCCUUGAUCUACUACUUCUGUUACAGCACUCCACAUUCCUAUUCUCUAUUCUCUAUUCCCUAUUCCCUAUUCUCUCUCUCUCGCUCUCUCUCGCUCUCUCCCGCUCUCUCCCUCUCUCUCUCCCUCUCUCUCUCGCUCUCGCUCCCCAUUCAAGAGGAAACAUUCCCUUACCUAACUGCCCCCCUUCCAUCCAACUUCCUCUACUACCCAGUAGGACAUCUCUACAAGGAGUAGUUUCCAUCCACUCCACUCCACUCCACUCCACUCCACAUCCCAAGAAGGCUCCAUAGAGCACAUGCUCCAUACAGGAGUAGCACUACUGCUUCUCUCCUAGGUCAACCCCCCUCCUCUUUCCCUUCACCCCAUUCAUUUUGAAUUGUUUGAACACUUUAGUAACUUAUUUGUUUUUAUUUGUUUCUCUGUCUGUUACUUUUGAACACUUUGUUUUUGCACAAAUGAGGAUGAAUGGUUUUUGGAACGUAGAAAUGCCACUGAAACACUGUUUGGGAACACAUCGAAUUGAAGGAGGCCCCAGUCAUCCUCUCUUACCCACUCCGGGCCAUGUUCCACACCCCUCCCCUUGCUGUUUUGCCCCCCACCACACAACAUGCGUGUUGAUUUUCUCAAGCUGCAACACUAUCCCCAUCAACCCCCAGGUUUGUUUUUCUUUUUCUUUUUCUUUUCAGAGACUGACACAAAAAACGGAACUUGCUACCCUCUUUCUAACCCUGGGAAUCUGGGGCUAGAAGACAAAAAAGGAAGGAAAAAAAGAAAAAGAACAUAUUUUAUGUGCUAUAAUUUAUGACCAGCUUCUUGAUUAAAAUUGGAAAAAAGAGA